UCUUCUCCGCUCUUCCGUCUCCCCAUCGAUCAGCCCUCUCAGUGAAACUCUGCAGGUCUCGACGAGAUGUCCGUCAUUCUCGUUACUGGAGGCACUGGCCUGGUCGGAAAGGCCAUUGAGUACAUCAUCGAGACUGAGCCAGAGGGCUCGCGUUUCGGGAAGCAGCCGGGCGAGAAAUGGGUCUUCAUUGGUUCCUCUGAGGCCGACUUGCGCAAUCAGGAGCAGUCCAAGAAGCUGUUCGAGAAAUACAAGCCGACGCAUGUUAUCCACCUCGCAGCACUUGUCGGCGGACUCUUCAUCAAUAUGAAGCGCAAGCUCGACUUCCUCCGUGACAACAUCCUCAUCAACGACAACGUCCUGCACAACUCGCACGAGCAAGGCUGCAAGAAGGUCAUUUCAUGCCUGUCCACCUGUGUCUACCCCGACAAGGUCGACUACCCCCUGGACGAGACGAAGAUCCACCUCGGUCUCCCCCACGACAGCAACUUUGGCUAUGCGCACGCAAAACGGCUCGUAGAUGUCCAGAACCACGCAUACAAGGACCAGUACGGCGAUAACUUUACGUCUGCGAUUCCGACGAACGUCUUCGGGCCGCACGAUAACUUCGACCUCGAGAGCGCACACGUGUUGCCUGCGCUCAUGCACAAGUGCUACCUCGCGAAGAAGAACGGCACGCCGUACGUCGUGUGGGGAUCCGGCAAGCCGCUGCGGCAGUUCAUCUACUCGCGCGACCUCGCGAAGCUCUUCAUCUGGAUGCUGCGCGAGUACGACGACGUCGAGCCGCUCAUCCUCUCCGUCGGGGAGGACGAGGAGGUGAGCAUCGGGCAGGCCGCGGACGCGGUCGUCGGCGCGAUGGGCUUCGCGGGCGAGUACCGCUUCGACACGACGAAAGCGGACGGGCAGUUCCGCAAGCCCGCGUCGAACAAGAAGCUGCUCUCGCUCAUCGGCGGCUUUGAGUUCACGCCGUUCGAGAAGGCGCUCGAGGAGACGGUGCAAUGGUUCCAGCAGAACUAUGCGACCGCGAGGGUCGGCAAGCCGUGAGGAGGUUCGUGCUACCAACAAGACAUGUAGAACAGUGCCAGUGUUACCCAUUCUGCCAAUGAAUUUAGUAAGCGGGACUGUGAGUGACACCGAGGAAUAUCGUACUUUGGUCGCAACUUCGUGUUUGAUGAAACCGUGUACAGCUUAGGCUUGGCUUAGGCUCAAUAUAAGG